AUGGCUCCUUCUGCCACUUCUUCUUUUCGACACGUCAGUACCUCGUCGACCAAAGGCUUCGAGUACACAUCCACCUCUUCCAUAUCCAACGGUAUCAACGGAACCAAUGGCGUCAAUGGAGGCUCAUACUCGGCACUUGCCCCUCCAGAUAUCCCGGACAGCACAGUCCAGUCCGCUACGCCAAUGCCGUCUGUCUUUACACAGCGACCACGCGCUGGGACUGAUCGUACGUCCUCCUUCGGCGGCUUAGAGCAAGUCAAGGAGCAGCUGGCCACGUCCCGUAACCAUGCCUACCGUGUCCUUGGCUCUAACUUCGGCGGCUAUGCGUUUGACACUUCCAUUACUGGACUUCUUGAAUGGAUUCGAGAUGAAAGACUCAUCAGACUCCCUCACAGAGGUGGUUCUUGGGAUCGUGUCCUGAUCGCCGCACAACACUUCGCAGAACAAGUCCACAGGUUUAACGUUGCCAUUUCAACCUUUGAGUCUGACAUCAACGCAGCUACAAAUUUGGUCUUUGGGCAGUGUUUGCUAUUGCUGGAGCUUGGAAGCGACAAUGCUCCAGCAUUGGAGACAGUUUUCAACCUCUUCUACCAGUUCGGUCUCGAAUUGUCGCCACUGUUGAAGCGCGUCGACAUCAUUACUACAUCUCGACUCAUUUCCGACAACCUCUCCAAAGCCUUUUCGGAGCUCCUGUCUAUCGUGACUGGAGUCGCGAUUACGUUCUGGCAGAUCGUCCAUGGGAACAACUCGUCGACCAAUCUCGACAUCUUCUCCACAUUUAGCACGUCUAUCGAGAGUUUCCGCUCUCGAGUCUCGCAGUGUUCUCAAGAUAUGUGGAACUUCAGCUUGACGGCCAGUGGCUUGAAAGAGACUCAUGUCCUGGAAGCCUUACAGGCGUGGCUGGCUCCGCAAGACACUGUUUUGGCAUUCUUGGCUAGCAACAACAUCAACAUUGCCAGCCGACCAGAGCAAUUUACCUGCACAUGGUUCCAAUCCCACUUGACAAACUUCAUGCGCAAUGGGGAAAGCUCGCUCAUUGUCGAAGGCAAGACUGGCACAGGCAAGACGACGCUGGCCAAUUGGACUGUCGAUCGACUCCAACGACCUAUUGGCCGCAAGCUGGUCUUCCCUCUGAGCUUUUUCUUCAACAGCAACAUCCCUGCUCAGGCAAACUCUUUCGCACUGCUGAAGACACUCUUGUGGCAGAUUCUAUCUCAGCGGAUUGGAGAUAUCCACUUGUACAAAGCCUUGGCUGAAGCAUAUCACGAAUUCAAGGACUCCAACGCUUUGCAUAGGAAUGAGGAAAUCUUGUGGUCCGUCCUUGAAAAGGUGCUGUCAGCUAUUGAUGAGGACGAGACAAAUACUCUGGUCCUUGUCGUUGACGGCCUUGACGAGAUCUCUGGACAAAGAUCCCACGCUCAUGCUGUUGCCAACAAGCUCCAUGACCUAGCCGUCAAGAUACCUGGCUUGCGAUUGAUACGCUUCUCCCAACCCUUGGAGGCGACCCAUUCGAAAUCCGAAUACGUCAAACUCUCGACAGAAACUCUGAUUGAUGACAUCCGUACCAUUGUGCGUCGAGAACUCGGCGACAACAGGUCGUUUGCCGCCAUUGAAGAUGGCGCCCAAGAAUCUGCCAUCGACAAACUUGCAGCCGCCGCUGAUGGUUCUAUCCUGUGGGCGUGGCUUGCCACCCAAUACAUAGGACAUCAAAAAGUCCAUUCUACAUUCGAUGAAGCUCUGCAAACCCUCGUCUCUGGUCCAAAGACUGUGCCAAAUCUAGUGGAGAGACUGAUGUCGGUGCUUCGCAUCGAUGCACGAGCGAAAAACUUGCUUUCCGUUACCCUGGCUGCUGAGAGGCCCUUACUGCUUUCGGAACUCGAGCUGUUACUCCAGGCACAGCCAACCCGUCUUGCAAUGGAUGAAAAAAUCGUCGAAUUGCGCGACCUGACCGCAUCUGUGGCCCCGUUCCUUGUUAGGGGCGAAGGCAUGUUAGCCAUCAGACAUGUGGCCAUCAAAACAGCCUUGAUUGCAGCCGCCGAGAAGUCGAAAGAGUACUUCCUGUUCCAAGAUCGACACAGAGAUAUGCUCACCCGUAUUCUGAUACAUGCGAAGACUUCUCUCCGAGAGGAUCAAGAGCCUACGCUGGAUUAUCUAGACUUCGGCAGGAUCCAUCGUCCCUCUCACUCUCGCCAGCUGCUUGAGUAUACUGUGAGAUACUGGAUUGUUCAUUUCAAGCAAUCCUCAUUGAUAAAGCGCGGGGGAGAUCUCGAUAUCCCCAAAGAGUUGGCGAGCAUCUUCCCGUCGACUGUGACGUUGGCACUCCUUGAGGAGGCUUGUUGGCGUGCGCAGACAUCGCCCAAUGAGGCGGCAGAGCUUCAUGCCCUCGCCUAUCGUGUUCGCACGAACUUAUUCGGCCAGGACCACGCCUGCGUCCUACAGGCAGCAAUCGUCGUUGCAAAGAUAUACGAGACAACCUUGUUUCGACUCCACGAUGCAGCGUCUUGGUACAUGACUUCAAUCAAGGUUGCUGCAAAGAUAUUGGGUUCGCAUCACGAUCUCGUUGUCCAACUCUGUCUCUGCCUGUUGCGGGUGACAGAGGGCUUGGUCACGAGAAGCAGAAGCCAGAUCACGACUUAUCGAGAGGAAACCCUGCGAAUCCUCGUCUCCGCCUAUACCUACCGCUACGGCGCGAGCUCGAGGGAAGUGUCGGCGUGUUACAGACAAUUGAGCGAGCUUUACGUCUUUAUCGGCGAAACCGAAAAGACCGAGGAGUUCAAGCAGAAGACCAGUUCGUCCGCCGUGGAUGAUCAAACCGUCCAGGAGAACGGUGACAAGGUAUCUCGCAGUCUGGAUGUCACCCUCCGCAAACGCAAGGAAAAGGAACACAUUGAUACUUUUGAGGGAUCCCUGUUUGCUGGUUACCAAGAAGAAACCGCAGAGUCCCUCACCUUAGCGCUGGUUGAAGGCGUAUUUACUCGUGCCGCGGAGUUUAUCAAACGCGAGGACUAUGAAAAGGCCGAAGAACUGUACAUUGAGCUCUGGUGGAAACUGACCGAGCAUUGUGCCAGUGUCAGGACCUUGGAGUGGCACCAGAAGAAGCUAGAGUUGAUGCUGGCGUAUGCUCGCUUCUUGCACUCUCGCAACCGCGUUGAUGAAGCUUCUUCUGUCCUUCUAUUUGCUUGGAAGGAGUUUGAGCACAGCGAAUUUUCAAUGUACGAGUCCAUCGUGCGACUUUUGAAAGAGAUCGCCGUCGUCAUGAAGACCGUCAGGCUCAACACGGUAGCUCUGUCGGUUUAUCAGAAAUGUUUCGCGUACUACAGAAACGUCAGCGAAACCACCUUCAUCUCCGAGAUCGAAGAGCAAAUCACUGCCACGUCUAUGGAGAUAAUCAAAUCUUCAACCACGACUGUCAGUGAAUCUACCGAGGUUACCAUACGUGAGGUCUUUGAACAUACCAUCACAACUACCUCUGAGGUUACCCAUUCCACCUUCGAACUUUCCAAGUCACUGACGGCGAUCUACAUUGAGCAAAGUCGGUAUGCGCAAGCUAUAACAGUUCUCGAGAGCACAAUGAAGAAAGGUUGGGCUGGAUUGUUCAACGAUGCACUCGAGAGCAUUACUCUGCCUUCCAAAUUCUCCACCGAGAGCGUUAUGCUCGCUGUGCGCCUUGCAGAAUGCUACGAACAACACCAGGUCCUGGACCAGAGUGAGCAGAUUUACCUGAGACUCUACCGUGCUCAUCACAAGUCUCACAGCAUCGACAACCCUGCUGUGGCUAAAUACUCUGACAUGUAUGUGUCGUUCCUGAGACGCCACGGCCUUCACGACCGCAUCAUCAGCUUCUAUCAGGAAUUGCUGAUUGACUACCGCAACUUCUAUGGCAAGAACGACAAGAAGACUAUCAACCUGCUCUAUAUUCUUGCAGACACUUGUCGGACCCACCAUAUUGUUCAUAGGUAUUGGGUGGAGUAUUACCUGGAAAUUGUCAACGCCGUCAACAAAGGUGACUUGAUCAGCCAGAGAGAUGCUCUGCGUGCUCUCAUUAUUGUCGCCGAGCAUUUCUAUGAAAGUCGGCGAUUCACGGAAGCGUUGAUCCAUUUCAAGUCAAUUGCGGCGACAUUCAUCAAGUUUGGCACUCAAUAUGAACAGUUCGCUGAUGCGGUAGUCGUCCAACGCCUGCUCGAGAAGUAUUACACUUCUAUGGAAGAGACCAAGCUGGAUGUCGACCAACACGUCAAGAUCUUGAGAGAGAUUCGCGAAGCUUGCUUCAAGUAUUAUGGAGAAAAAUCCGUCAUCUCCGUUGUCACAACCAGCGCACUAGCUGAGGCGUGCUCAAAGAGUCAAGAGUAUUGGUUUGAAUCCAUCCGCUACUUCGAGAUCGUGUCGCAGCAUUCAGGCAUGGUGUCCGUCCAGACCAUCGAGCGAUCCAAGAGUAUGAUCAAGGAGCUUUACAUCAAGCAGAUCACUUCAACAAAGUCCACGACAUUGAGCAAAGAGACGGUUGAGAAGGCUGAGUCGCUGUUGUUUGAAAAAUACAUAUCAAGUCGCCGAGCGCAUGAAUACACGCAGACGAAGACACUCAAGCAACUUCAGCAACUGAUUGCCAUCUACCACAAGCAACAGAAGACCGAUCAUAUCAUCAAGGAACUCCGGUCCCUGAUUUUGGAUAUCGUCCUGAAUGUACGCACAACGGAAGAGCUGGUUUACGUGGCUGAUUUCCUCGCCACCAUCUUCAUCAGCUACGACCUCCGCCGCUAUGCCUUGGAGAUUGUACGGGAUCUCAAACUCCAGGCCAUCUACAAAUCUGCUCCAAAGACCUCAGCAUUCUACGGUGCGACAAUCGGGCGAGCUUGCUUCGCUUUCAUUGCCGCUUUUGAGUACCACGUUCGCAGUGAUCAUACCCUAAGCAUUGCUCACAACAUUGCUGAGCUGGUGGCCGAACACUUGUUCUACGAACGGUUUGUCAGGUCCAUCAAGGCCAAGGCGAAGCUGCAAGCGGUCUUUGUCCAUGCGGCCCGUCUGCGCCAUAUUCUCGUCCGAAACAAGCGCUUCGAAGACUUUGCCAUUAUUGAGACGCAGCUGAUUGAUUUCUUCGCUGCCACCGAAGUCUCGGUGUCCAAGGCGGUGUCGCGCACAGCUCUGAAAGCAUUUGUCAAUGUCAUCACCAAAUAUGCCGCCGAGCAUCCAAACGUCCACUUUAAGAGUUUUGUUGUUGCCGCCAGCUACGCCGCAGUCGACCAGCUUCGUCUAUUGUUGAAGCAGAACAAAGAUCAGGAGGCCCUUGACCUUGCGACCUGCACGUUCAAGUUCCUCAUGGCGCAUGAAGGUCUUGAUGACCCCACCGAGAUCCGCCUUGGGUUCCAGCUAUGCCUGAUGACGGCCGGAAGAGGCGAGUUUGCGUACAAGAGCAGCAGUCCCAAGGUCCAGAGUGAGAUGCUUGCGCUCUCCCAACAGAUUCUGGCUGAGGUCUUCGAUAUCUGUAAGAACAACAACAUCAACAUCGCUCGAGCACAGCUCUCAGAACUCAACGAACUCAUCAGUUUGAUCGGCGAGCACAAGGACUAUUCCCGUCUCUCUUGGCUGCUCAAUACACUCUGGACGUCACGCGAGGGUCAGAGUUCCUGGCCACAGGAUACCAUUCUGGAUCUGGGCUUCCGCCUUGUCCAAGCGGAGUUCAGUGCCGGCAACUACAAACCUGCCUUGCGCUUGUGCGAAGACAUUGUCUACAACAUCAAACGCGUGCACGGCUCGAGAAACCCACGUUUGUACUCGUGCUGGAAUCUGCUGGCGGAACUCUACACCGGGUAUGCGAACCAUCUCCUGGCUGAGGCCGGCAAGCAGGAUCCUGCAACCAAGAAGGCGACUGAGCAGAGCGCCCUUCUUUACCUGCGUAAAGCGGCAGAUGUCCAUCUUACGGCCCUCAAGCAAUUGGUUGAUGCCGAUGCGGCCGAUAUUGGCGACGACGAUGAUUACGAGCUGGAUGUCGACAUCAGCUUGAAGAAGUCGGCCACAACGAACGGCACGAGCUCUCAGGGCCAAGUCAACGGAGACCACAAGCACGUGCGCUCGUUCCAGAACCGGGAAGAGGAGCUCGAAAUCGUGCGUCGACACCUGAGAUUGCUCAAGCUCGCGCUCCAGCGGGCGGGUGGCUUCUUCAAGUCGGCCAAGGAGUAUGAGGCGUUGACCCACAAGAUCAGCGCCCACUACGGUGAAGAUCUCAAGCUCAAGGACGUCGAGUGGAGUGCCGCGAAGUGGAAGGUUGACGGGCUGGGGUUGGGCCAGGCGGAGGCGCAGAAGCAGGACGGUGUGUUCCGUGUGCCUGCACACUGGGAGAUUCAUGUGGCGUAA